AUGGAACAAUUUUUACAAUUAUCAAAUCAAGAAAUUUCAAAUAUUUAUACAUCAAUGAAAGGUUGUAAUACAACAAUGGUAUUCGCCUAUGAUGGAACAAGAAGAACCUAUUUAAUUACUGAAGGUUUGAAAAACUUAAAUGCUGAAUCUGCUGGUGGUGCAUCAACAACCAAUUGUGCAUCAGCCUCAAAUUCAAAUACUAAAGCAAAUAAUAAAUCAAACAAUACAUAUAACUCUAAUACUCAUAUAAAAAUUGAUUAUUUAGAGUACUCUAAAACCGCAAUACAUAAAUUUUUAAAUUUAUCAAUCACAAUGUUUCAACACGGUAUUAAAACUAUUGUUUAUCCAAUGUGGUUUUGUACUUUAGAAAAACGUGGCCCAGAAUAUCUCCCAAAAUUUAUACAAUAUUUAUGGGGUUUAUCUGCUUUAUUGGAAGAUCCAUCAUUGGUUCAACAAUAUUAUGAAAGUGGAAUAAAGGUUGUUUUUUAUGGUGAAUAUAAAAAACUUUUAGCAAGAGUAAAUGACCGAGCUCUUUUAGAAAAAUUUGAAAAGAUUAUGGAGCUAACAAAAAACAAUAACAAAAAAUUAUUAUUAUUGGGAACAAAUAUUGAAGAGCCCUCACAAACAAUUAUUAACAAUACCCUUUCAUAUUUUAAAAAGUUUGGAAAAGAACCCACAAAAAAAGAUUUAGUAAAGGAAUAUUAUGGUGAUAGUAACAUUCAAGAUGUUUCUUUUUAUAUUGGUUUCGAUAGAUUUUCAACUGAUGGUAGACCAAUAUUAAUUUCAGAGAAUGGUGAUGAGGAUUUAUAUUAUUCAGUUUCCCCACACAGUUUCUUUACCACUGAACAUUUCAGAAAAGUUUUAUAUGACCAUUUAUAUCAAAGAUCAUGUGUAAAUGCAAAAGAAUAUGAAUUGAAAAUUUCAGAUGUUGAAAUGAUGAAAGAUUUUUAUGAAUCAAAUGCAGGACAAAUUAUGGGUGUAGGCUGUAUUCAAGAACAAGGUAAUUAUUGGUACCCAUCUCCACAGGUAAAAAUACCACAAGAAUCAUUAAAACAAUCAAUAGCAUCAACAUCUAUUACAACAACUCGUAAUAAUAGUAUCACAUCAUCUCAAAUAACAACCAUAAAACAAAAAUUAUUUAAUGAUAAUAAUAGUAACGGCAUCAAUUUAAUAACAAAAUCAAUUAAAAAACUUGAUAUAAAUAAUAAUAAUAUAAACAACAAUAAUAGUUAUAGUGAUAGUAAUAAAACAGUUCUUAGUAAAAAUGGUAAUAACACAAAAGAAACUGACAAUAUAAAUAAUAAUAAUAAUAAUAAUAAUAAUAAUAAUAAUAAUAAUAAUAAUAAUAAUAAUAAUAUUAAUAAUAUAAAUAAUGAUAAUGAUAAUAAUAUGGUCAAAAAAGUAAAUGAAAAUCAAGACAAUAUUGUGAAUAUAAAUUAUCAAAAUAGCCCAACUAUUAAUAGCAUGGUGUUGAGAUUCCCUAACGGCUCGCCACCAUCCCCAAGAUAUUUAAACAAUUAUGUUUAA